CAUCCCAAACCCAACGGCGGCCCUUGCUCCUGUUCUCCCUCCCUGCAAAACGCUAACGGCCACCGCCCCGAUUUAACAAUGUCUCAGUUGUCCUUCGAAGAACAGCAAUUGCAAUAUUAGUUGAAGGGUUUUAAGUUUAGGCAUGGUUCCGUCUUCGAAUCCGACGAAGGAAACGAUCGCCUCCUCUCGAUCCAAUCUCUCCGAUGUCCUGCCGUCUAUGCCGCCGCCAGAGUCUACUCCUCAGCUUUCUAAGCGAAAAUCACGGAGCCUUUUCAUGUACGGUCCUCUUGAAGAUGAUGGCUACGCGAAUUCUGGUCUGUCUUUCUUAUUUCCCGCGUCAUUAGUGGCUAUCGAUCGUAAAUUUGUGACUUGAAAUUGAUACACUGCAAGAAAUCAGAUAUAUUCAAUAAUGGUUUUGCAUAAAGUAGGCUAAAGUUAGGGUUUUGUUACAAUUUAAAGCCUUAGUAAGUACUUGAUUUGGAUGGACAUUGUAAGUCUCUCUUUCUUUGGCUAGUGAAAUGGAAUUUCAUUGCAAUUCAAAUUUUGAGAGUAGAUUGAUUAUGAUACGUUAGUUAUUUUGAGAUUAUGGUAUGUGUUUGAGUUGUGGCUUGUUUUGAUUGGAACUGGUUUUGCUUAUAUUUGCUCUUUUGAUAAUUUUCUAUUUCAAGUGCAUAUUUUUUCAAGGUUUAGGAGAGUGUUGAUGGUGAUACUUAAUGUGAGAAUUCGGAAAUGUCAUUAAAGUCAUUCGAUGAGUUGUGGUUAGUUUUCAUUUUUCAAUCUAGUUCCUGAAAUUUAGAUUGCCUUUCUCUCUUUUGAUCUUUUUGGGGUAGAGAACUAAAUCUUAGACCUAUUAAUCAUUUCCUUGUGGAAUAUUGUGAUCUCUCAAAUUGUCGUGUUUGUUUCUGUUUUGAUUUGAUUACUUACUAUUUCUAAUGUCUUAUGGAUUUUGUUUGUUCAUAUUCCUCACCUUGCUUAUGGAGACAGGCGCAAGACAAUAUAGAGUCAAGAGGGUC